AUGAUGUUCGAUGUGAUUGUCAGCAAGACUGAAAUGAAGAGUAAGAGGGUGUCGAUACUCCAGGCCACGUCCGUUGAGGGCGGGGGUGAGGAUGAUGACGAGGAGGAGGAAGAUGAGGAUGAUGGCGAUGGUGUUGAUGAUGAUAGCAAUGGUGUUGAUGAUGAGGGUAAUAACUGUGACGACGAUGAUGAUGAUAAAGAAUAUGAUGAUGACGAUGAAGAAGAAUAUGAUGAUGACGACUUUGAUAAUGCUUCUGACGAUGAUGAUAAUGAUGAUGUAUUCGGUGUUGUAUCUGAUACCAAUAACGAUGGUACUGAUAGUGGUGGGAAUAAUGUUGAAGAUGAUGACGUCAAUGAUGCGACUCUCGACAUGUUGGUUGCAUCAGUUUGCCUCGCUGCUAGUGGCUCCACUAAUGAUGUUGUCGUUCGCCUCGUAGACAAGAUUGUCUCAUCAGCAGGCAGAUGCAAAGAUAAGGUUGCAGACGUUUCGACAGCGCUAUUUACAUUCAAAUGUAUGGGUUGGUGA